AUGCUUACUAUCAAUAGUGAAUCAAGAGUGUAUUAUAAAGCCAAGACUAACAUCAUUUACACCAAAUCCAAGAUGGAGCACUUACAAAGAGGAUAUUACAAGCGUUUUUUGGUGGAAGUGAACCCAAAGAAAGGCCUUGAUGUCAUGCAAAAUAAUCAUUUUUUGAAGAUGGUUUACGUCAAAUGUUUUAAUGCGGAGGAGGAUGCUCGCCUUGUAGACCAUGUAUAUACUAAAACCUUUUUUUCAACAAAGAAGCUAAUUUUGCACAUGCAGAAUUUUCCAAUUUUCCCUUUGCCUGUUUUGCUGCGCCACCUUGCAAUUUUGGCAAAUAACUGCCCAUUUGCAAACUAUGUAAUUGUGGGUUUAGAGAAACUCAUUAACGCUGGCUUUGCACUAUUGGAAAGAGUCGGUUCGGUAAAGGAGAGCACACAUACAGCACUUACUUUUACACCUAUAGAACGCCAUUUAAGUACCAUUGAAAAUGUCAUAUAUGCCGCCUAUUUAGUGCAAAAGAUUUCAAAUGUGGAGUGCAUUUGUCAAUCUCUCAAAAAAAUAUCCCAAUUUCUCGUUCUAGUAAGGUAUUAUGAUGUACACUUCAGUUAA